AGUUUUGUUUUAUGAUGGAGGAAAGAGGAUGUCAACUGUUGUGUGUUGAUUGUUGACGUUGACAGAAUAAUUGUUCCUUUUUAGCCCAAAAAUAAUUCAAAAAUCAAAUAAAAUAGCUUUAAAAAUAGUUAUAAAUAUAAUAGCGGAAAUAAUGUGAUAGUGAAUUGAAAUAAAAUUUUUUUUCAACAGCAAUAAUGGCGUAUUCUGUAAAUGUUUCGGUCGAAGCACCGAUUGAGAAUUUGAUUCAGGAAAUAACUUACGAUGGUCAAGAAAUUUAUCAAGCUCCAUUGACAUUAUCGGAAAAUUUGACUAAAAUCGCCCAAAAGAUCGAUUUUAGCAAAACAAAUGGAGAAGAUGUUAAGAAGGAACCAGCGGACAGUGGAAACAAGGAUGAGGAAGCAAAAGAUACAACUGCUCAAUCAUUAUGGCCUUGGGAUACAGUUAGAACUAGUCUAAGAAACUCUUUGACAGAGGUUUGUGUACUUGCGGAUGUUCUCUCAGUGGCGAGGGAAAAAAGGUACAUGGUCCUCGAUCCUGUACCUCAAGAAGCAGUGGAAGUUAAACAAAUGGUUCAAGUUUACGGACGAAAAAAGGCUCUUUCGGGUGCAGCACAAGUUCUCAUGCAAGGUGCAGAGAGAUUGAAAAAUUGUCAAAACGAAUUAGCCAGAAAUCGCACCACUCCCAAUUUUCAUAUCGAAUUACUGAGACUCCGUCAGAAUUGGCGACUCAAAAAAGUCUCCAAUUCUAUUAUUGGAGAUCUGAGUUAUCGUACUGCUGGAUCAAAGUACACCCAAACGGGAAUGUUUGAAGUCACAAAGGCAGAGGAGGAGGAUGAAAAUAGCGGCAGUCCGCCGUCUUCACCAAAUCCGGCUGCCGUAACUCCUGCGGUACCAUCGAGCAGUAAACCCUCUGCAUUACGAGUCACAAUUCCCAGUGAACUUCAAGGUGUCGCGUACAUUGAAGUCUUAUGUCAGAAAGAUCAGGAAGAUUUAUGCAGCGCGAAUAUCAAUCUCCUGAACAGUAAUACAACCAGUUCGAAUGCAGAUAUACAUUGGCAGCAAAAAUUAGAAGCAGCGCAGAAUGUUCUAUUCUGUAAAGAAUUGUUCAGUCAAUUGGCGAGGGAAGCUGUCCAUCUGCGAGCUCCUAUUCCUCACAUGGUUGUCGGAAACCAAAUAAUGGCGACGGUGCUGCCGGGGAUACAAUUGAUAAUUGGUCUUUGUCACAGUACCGGUAAUGAUAAAAAGCAAGCAGCACCACCCCACAAAACAGAUCACGAUCACGUACUCGAGCAUUCGUUACAUCAAUUAUUACGCGAAGUGCAUCAUAAAAAUACACAUCAUCCUUUCCCUCAUCCCUCAUCAGGACCACUUGGUCCCAGUAAACGAAGAUGCCUCGCCGGUCCAACGGCAGCCGAUCGUCACGAACUUCUUGAAAUGACAAAAAGUCAAACCCUCUUGGAACAAAUAAUACAACAGGCGCAACAUUUUUUCAUGCGACUAAGAACUGAAUAUGUUUUAGAUACAAUAGCAAAAGAAGUGAAAGAUCCACUAAUUGUAUCCCACUGGAACGCAUUAAAUUCCCCAACGCAAUCUUGCGUUAAGAUAAAUAUUCUAACACACGGCUACGAUUCAAUGUAUCGAACAUCACUGAUUGUUCACGUCGGUGAGAAAUCAUUGAAAUGUGUUUGUCGCGAUGGUCGAGUGAUGCACAUGAGUUAUGAACCACAGGAAUUACGUGAUUUAAUAUUCUGUCAAAUUUAUCAGCAUCAAAUAAUUGCCGUGCAAUCGUUGGCGAAAUGUAUGGGAUGGCAAUUUCUUUCGAAUAGUGCACAUCUUGGUCUUGGCGCCGUUGAACCUUUGGGUAAUGCAAGUAGUUGUAUAUUGGCAUCGCCAAUUGGCGAUAGAAUGAUUGCAGUGAGAUGUGAACCGCAAACGGGCGUUCAAGUGGCGAUAGCGCAUUCGCCGCGUAAAGACUUUUUCCCCGGUCAAUUAGUGCGUGAGAGAAAGUGGGAGAAUCUUGGGGGUUCCUUUAAGGAAGUCAGAUGGGAUAAAAUGGAGGGGAAGAAUUUUUUAAACAAAAUGGAACUUCUCAUGGCGUCAUUGACAAGCUCUUAAUAAAAUUCUCCCCUCCCUCCGAAAAAUGGAUAUUUGUAUUUAAACAGGGUGAUAAGAUUUAAGGUGAUUUUGAUUAGUCAAGUUUUUUUGUUUCUUUUACAAUAAAAAUGAAUUCUAGUUAAGUAA